GGAAGUUUUGUACAAAGACAUGUUUUGUGAAAUGAAGCGAAGCGAUUUAAUAUCCUUUUCCGAAGGGUCUGUCUCGUCGCUUAUUUUACAGAUUUGGUGUCGAUUCUUGAGUGCCGAGGAAAAGCAUCGAAGCAAGUCAGAUGUCUAUCGAGUUUUCCUUAGCACGAAUCCUUUUGCUGAGUUUGUAAAGAUCAAUUUAUAUGACGAUGCUCAUGAAACCUUUUGUGAAGUCGCUGACAGAGAAUUGGUAGAACAACAGUUUUAUAGCGGCAUUGAUAUGUGUACUGCAGAUUUGUAUUCUUCUUGGUUGCUGAUGAAACAGACAAGGAUGAUGUUUAUAUAGUUUGUUUCAACAUGAAAAAGGAGAAGAUAACCAUCAUUGAUUCAAAUGAAGAUAAAACUAAGGUGUAUGAUACAUGUGUUGAAUAUUUGAAAAAGGGAAUGUGUGAGUUUUUCAAUGAAAAACAACUUGAGCAAAGAGCAAGUAAAAUUUCCAACUUUCAUUUUGAAAUAACAAAGAAGGCAUGUUAUGGGAACAUGGAAGGUAUGGGUGUUGGUGUCAUAGCCAUGAGGCAAUUGGAAACUUUCAAGGGGAAUUUGAAUACGUGGAAGAUGGAUUUGAACAAAAAUGAUGUAAAUGGAUUAAGAAUGCUCUGUGUCCGAUAUUGCUACGAAAUGCUCACCUCUGAUCAUACAAGUGAAACGGAAAGUGGCAGAAUAUGGCAAGUGUAUCAACUAGGAUAUGUGUCACACUUGGACACAUACAGUGACGUGACAGUUUGAUUUUUGGCCUAAUGUCUGAUUUGAUUAAGUUUUAGCAAUCUGAUUUUGGGUUAUUAUGGUGUUGAGAAACAGGAUAUGAUUUGUGUGGAUAUAGGACCAGGUUAACAGGAUUUGG